AUGUUUUUCCUUCUACUUCUGAUUCUGACAAAUCCCCCCAAGAAUAUUCAAACUUCUCCUCGUGCUACUUCUGCUGGUAUGGAUGCUCAUGGCACUACCCCUGCUAAUGGUACUGCCUCAUCUUUUGCUACUACUGUUCCUACUUAUGCUCAGGCGGUUACCAACAAUGUGAAUAAUAUUACUCCUGCUCUCCCGAUCGAGGCUCUAAAUAACAAUCCUAUUACUACUGUACUCGAAACCUUGAUUCCUGAUAAUAUGACCACUACCACUGAGGGGACUUCUCAAGUUCAUGUUCAAGAACAAGAUUCACUUCAUGGACUGCAAUCCAUGAAGGAUAUUGAAUUAUCGCUCAACGGACCCAAUUACUCGUAUGAUAAUCGUGAGCUUCUGCAACUGGAUAUGAGAUCUGCACUUACUUUAGCCCAAGAUGAGAUGCAUUCGUUGACGAUGUAUAUUGCACCUGCCCCUGAGAGCCAUACCUUGUUGAAAAGUAUACGUAAUUAUUUGGCUCGUCGCUUGGAAGAUAUAGAACUAUUUAAGCAAAGCCUUGCCAUGAUGAAAGCUACUGCUGGUGAUACUAUCUUAGCGUCUAAAAAUUCGUCAGACAUGCCUCCGUAA